AAUUGAAAUGUCCGGCCCUUCGCGCCCGGCUGCAGCCCGGCUGAGUUCUGCGUCGCCGGCCGCGGAUGCUCUGAGUGGGGCGCGUUGGGCACGCGUUUCGGAGCACCCGCCUGCUAGGCACAGGGGAACGGGUCAUCAGGAAUGAGCUCGCGGGCCCCCCCUGCACCUGCCUGUGAAGCAGAGGCGUGAAGGGAAAUUGCUGCGGUUUCCAGGAGCGCGAACAAGUGGAACACAGUCACUGAAUGUGUUGAGAAUCUAUGAAUUUCUGAAAAUUGCAAACUGCUGGAGUAAAGCAACAGAGCUUGGAUACAGUAGUUAACAGGUUAACUUGGCAUAAUGGGAAUACAAGGAUUGCUGCAAUUUAUCAAAGAAGCUUCUGAACCCAUCCAUGUGAGGAAGUAUAAAGGACAAGUAGUAGCUGUAGAUACAUAUUGCUGGCUUCACAAAGGAGCUAUUGCUUGUGCUGAAAAACUAGCUAAAGGUGAACCUACCGAUAGGUAUGUAGGAUUUUGUAUGAAAUUUGUAAAUAUGUUACUAUCUCAUGGGAUCAAGCCUAUUCUCGUAUUUGAUGGAUGUACUUUACCUUCUAAAAAGGAAGUGGAGAAGUCUAGAAGACAAAGGCGAGAAACCAAUCUUCUUAAGGGAAAGCAGCUUCUUCGUGAGGGGAAAGUCUCAGAAGCCAGAGAAUGUUUUACCCGUUCUGUCAAUAUCACACAUGCGAUGGCCCACAAAGUUAUUAAAGCUGCUCGGGCACAAGGAGUAGAUUGUCUUGUGGCUCCAUAUGAAGCAGAUGCGCAGUUGGCCUAUCUUAACAAAGCUGGUAUUGUACAAGCUAUAAUUACAGAAGAUUCUGAUCUCCUCGCUUUUGGCUGUAAAAGGGUGAUUUUAAAAAUGGAUCAGUUUGGAAAUGGACUAGAAAUUGAUCAGGCUCGGCUUGGAAUGUGCAGACAGCUUGGGGAUGUGUUCACAGAAGAGAAGUUCCGUUAUAUGUGCAUUCUCUCAGGCUGUGACUAUCUCUCAUCACUGCGUGGGAUAGGAUUAGCAAAGGCCUGCAAGGUUCUAAGACUAGCCAAUAACCCAGAUAUUGUAAAGGUUAUCAAGAAAAUUGGACAUUAUCUGAAAAUGAAUAUAACAGUACCAGAAGAUUACAUCACAGGGUUUAUUCGGGCUAACAAUACCUUCCUUUAUCAGCUAGUUUUUGAUCCCAUCCAAAGAAAACUUAUCCCUCUGAAUGCCUAUGAAGAUGACAUUGAUCCAGAAACACUAAGCUAUGCUGGGCAGUAUGUUGAUGAUUCUAUAGCUCUUCAGAUAGCACUUGGAAAUAAAGAUAUAAAUACUUUUGAACAGAUCGAUGACUACAAUCCAGACACUGUUAUGCUUACCCAAUCAAGGCAUCAUAGUUGGAAUGACAAAACAGAUCAAAAGUCAUCUAAUGUUAAUAGCAUUUGGCAUAGGAAUUAUUGCCCUAGACAUGAACUGGAUAUUAUUUCAGAUGCUACAAGGUCAAGAAAAAAUCCAAGUACCCUGGGCAUUGAACAAGUGAUUAGUACUAAAGGGUUAAAUCUUCCAAGAAAGUCAUCAAUUGUAAAAAGACCAAGAAAUGAAGAACUUUCAGAAGAUGAUCUGCUGAGUCAGUAUUCUCCUUCAUUUACUAAGAAGGCCAAAAAAAAUAGUAGUGAAGGUAAUAAAUCAUUGAACUCUUCUGAAGUGUUCAUGCCUGACCUGAUAAAUGGAACUACUAAUAAAAAAAACAUAAGCACACCAUCUACGACAAGAAAUAAAUUUGCAACAUUUUUACAGAGAAAAAAUGAAGCAAGUGGUACAGUUGUGGUUCCAGGGACCAGAAGCAGGUUUUUUUGCAGUUCUCCAGACUCUGCAGACUGUGCAUCAAAGGAAACAAGUAGUCAGCCUCUAAAUGAAACUGCUGUCACAGAUAAAGUGACCAAUCUGAAUGAAUCAGGUUGCUUAAAUGAUAAGCUAAUUGAUACAAAUGUAGCACAUAAUUUAACUGAUCAGAUUCCAGAUGAUAUAAGUGGGGUUACUAAUGAAGAGUCUCAGUCUUUGAAGACCAGCAGAUUCACAAGGACCAUUUCACCACCCACUUUGGGGACACUAAGAAGUUGUUUUAGUUGGUCUGGGAAUCUUGGAGAUAUUUCAAGAACUUCAAACUCCUCUCCAAGCACAACCCUGCAGCAUUUCCGUAGAAAGAGUGAUUCCCCCACCUUGCUGCCUGAGCAUAAGAUGUCUGAUGUAUCCCAGUCAAAGAGUGAUGAGUCAUCUGAUGAAUUUUAUCACUUACAUGAAGUGGAUUGUUCUUUACAAUCUCAAGAAAGCCUAAAUACAUCAAAUCUUUCCCAGUGUUCUAAUAAAGAUUCAGAUUCAGAGGAGUCUGAUUGCAAUUUUAAAUCACUUAGUGAUCAAGAUAAUCAGAAAUCCAAGCUACAUUCAUCUCAUUUUUCAAAAAAGGACAUACUUCUAAGGAAGAAGAUUCCUGGGCUGUAUAAAUCAAGUUCUCUGGACAGUCUUUCUACAACCAAGAUAAAACCUCUAGUACCUGCCAGAGUCAGUGGACUGAGUAAGAAGCCCGCCAACAUCCAGAAGAGAAAUCAUGAUAUUGAGAACACGCCAGGAUUGCAGAUAAAAAUCAAUGAGCUCUGGAAAAAUUUUGGAUUCAAAAAAAAUUCAGAAAAACUUCCUUCUUGUAAGAAGCCAGAACCCCUGUCACCAGUCAAAGAUAAUAUUCAACUAACUCCAGAAACAGAUGAGAAUAUAUUUAACAAAUCUGAGUGUAUGCAUAUUCAGAGAGCAAUAUUUCAAUAAAUGCAGUCUACUGCUUAUUAUAAGAGAAUUUCUAUCAACUUGAAGUCUCUGUUUGGAAAUGAGACAGUUACCAGCCUGAAAGAUUUCUUCUGAGAUCUAUGCCAAUUUUAAAAUAGAAUACAUUUUUAAUAUUAGCUGUAUAAUUGUUUUUUAUGUUCUUUUCAUAUUUUCAUAAGAUCAUAGAGAAUUAAUUUUAUCAUUGACAGUUUUUGAAAAUGUUAAUAUUACCGAGGCAAGUCUCCUGGAAUUUAUAAAAAAUCUACUCUAAAUAUUUGUUAAGUACAAGGAGAGUAAAUGAAAAAAACACAAUUCUGUAAUCAUGUUAUUUAGAGGAAUUCGCUGUUUUUCUCCUAGCUUUAAUUUUUUCUGUUUGCUUGUCCUCUUUCAGGGUAGAAUUGAAAAUGAAGUUGCUAGGGGUGGAGGGGUAGUUGGGAAGGGUAUAGACCAUUGCACACAUGGGACAGUGGUGUUACCCCUCAAGAGUUUGGCUGGGUUAUAGGUAAACAGUGAAAGAAAAUUACUUUCAGCAAAAGUAAUUCUCAUAUUAAUUCUUAUAUUAAUAUUCCUAAACUUGAUAAUAGUGUUUUUCUUAAUGUAUCUUUUUGAAACGUGCACUGUAUUUAAGACUACUGCCCUAUGUGUGACUUAAGAUACUAAAGCCAUAGAGUCAUUGUUACAUACAUCUUGCCUGAAUGCCUGGAGAGAAAACUGACUACACGAGGGAAGAUGUGAAGUUAGAGUUGGUAGAGGAAUUACAAAAAGUUUUAUGAGAUGUAGAGGAUAAAGGAAGGGGACCCCAAAGUAUUUUAAUUUUUAAAUGAAAUAUAGUAGAGGACUCUUGAAUAAAGAGGACAGAAUGGAACAAAAAAUGUAAUCGAAGGUUUUUUAAAAAAAUUAAAAUAAUGUCAAUGUGGAGAAGACCAAAUUUAAGAAGAAAAAUCCUACCAGAUUGGUAGGAUUUUCCUGGGAUUUGAGAAACAAAAUAAUGCUUCUAUUGUGCAGUGGGUUGUAAAAUUUAAUAUUACUAAUAUGUUCAUAACAAUAUUACCCUCAAAACUGAAGCUAAUCAUUAAAUAAAUAGCAAGUGAUGCGCAACCACCGCCCACCAUUGGAGAGGGGCAAGGCUGUGAGCCACAGGUGCGUGAAGAAGGCUGAGCACUGAAGAGAGAGCUGGAAUACAAAAAAACAAAAUAAAACUUCUGCACCACAGCCCUCUCCUAAAGGUCACACAGGAAGAACUUACAGCAACUACAAACCCAAUUAAACCUGUUGCUGAACUUUACUAAUGCCCCACACGAACCACCUUGGAGAGUCUUGCUCACCUCCAUGCAUAAAUACUGUUCACCUCAGUCAUUCAUGUUCCAUAUCAACCGAUGGCACUCAAUCAAAAACUGAAACACACACAGACAAAAAAGAAAGCACUGUUAAGACAAGGUGCAGAACUAGACUCCGAGAUAACCCAGAGAGUGGAAAUUCCAGAAACAACUUUAAAUAGAUAUGGUUCUCAUGGUAAAGGUGAAUAAGAUGUAUGAGCAGAUGAGGGAAUGUCAGUAAGACACAGAAACAGUAAGUAAAAUAAAAAAGCUAGAAAUACAAAUAUAGUAGCAUAGAUGAAGAGCCAAGGAAAGAACCAGUAAACUUGGAAAUGAUCAAUAGGGCUUCUCUGGUGGCCCAGCGGUUGAGCGCUGGGCUGCAAAGCUGCCUGCAGCCUCUGCAGCGCCGGUUCUAUCCCCGGCCAUUGGGCGAGUGUCCCACAUGGUGCGACAGACCUCUCCUGCCACCCGCUGCUCCCCUCAGCAGUGUACUUCAUCAGUCUGCCUGCUCUGCUCUCCGCUCUGGCUCUGGUGAAUUCUCUCACCCUCCCGCGCUUCUGACUGUACCCAGUGCUUGUCUAAAUAAAUAAAUAAAUGAAUCUUAAAAAAAAAAGAAAAUGAUCAAUAGAAAUUACACAAAUUGAAAAACAGUAGAAUGUAAACACUGCAGCAUUAAGAGCUAUAGGGCAAUUUGAGCAGACUGAUAGAUGUGCUUUAAAAACCCAGAAAGAGGGCCUUCCUGGUGGCGCAAGGGGUUGAGCACUGCCCUAUGAAGCAAUCAGCAGCCUGUGCAGCACGAGUUCAAUCGCUGGCCAGGGAGCAACCCACAUGGCACAGCAGACCUCUCCUGUCUCACCCACUGCUCCCCUUGGCAGUGUAUUUCAGUUAAUCUUCCUGUUAUGUUCCCCACUCUGUCUCUGGUGAAUCCUAUCACCCCUUGCAUCUCUGGCCUGUACUCCAGCUCUUGUAUGCAUAAAUUUAAAAAAAAAACAAACCCAAAAGAGAGAGCAUUAAAUAGGGAGAUGGGGCUGAGACUCAAGCUCUAUCCCUUCUCUUCAGUGCCUGCCUCACCUUCCCCUUAGUUGUGCCUUGUGUCUUUUUUUUUUUUUCUGUUCUGUGCAUUUCAUGUAAAUGGAGUCAUAUAAUAUGUAGAUUUUUAAGUCUAGUUUCUUUCAUAUAGUAUAUUUUAUUUAUAUAUAUUUUACAUCAUUCAUUUUUGUACAAUGUAUGCUUUCUCC